AAAAUGUCAAGCUAUAAAGACAACUUUGGAAAGAAUGAGGAGUCUGAGAGGCUAGGAUACGAUGACUCAGCCUUCUAUUUCUUUGCCUGCACCAUACUCAUACUGAUAAUCAUUGUCUACAGUUAUUUCCUGUUCAGAGACCUCCUUUUCUCAAAGAGAGUGUCGGAUAAAAACCAAAAAUCUUCUGACCUAGACACGUGUCAGGGAGUUUUGAAAGAUUUUGAGGAUAAAUCCAAAGCUAAACCAUCUAUGGUAAAGUAUAUUCUCAAACUCGGUUUCUUAGCUUUCCUUGUGGUCUUACUCUAUGCGAGUUAUAAAGAGGCAGGAUCUGUAGAGCAAAUGAAGGCAUUUGAUCCUUUUGAAAUUUUGGAUAUCCCUCAUGAUGCAGACACUAAGAUGAUUAAGAAGGCUUUCAGAAGAAAAUCAGUAGAGACUCAUCCAGAUAAGAAUCCAAAUGAUCCUCUAGCAGCUAGUAAAUUCUUACAAGUCACCAGAGCUCAUCAGGCAUUGACUGAUGAAGAUUCAAAAGAGAAUUACAAAAAGUAUGGGAACCCAGAUGGUCCUGGCCCGAUCAAAGUGGCUAUAGGCCUUCCGUUCUUCUUGAUGAAGAAGGAGAACCAGAUAGUGUCUCUCUGAAUAUCAUUCCUGUUCAUCUUGGUUUUGAUCCCACUAGGGUUCUUCUACUGGUAUUCUAACUCCUACAUUUACACUGACACUGGGCUGAAGGAGGAUGACGGAAGAAGGUACGCUCAGGUCCUUAAUGAAAUGAUGAGUUUCCAAGAUUUCCCUAAACUUGCUGGUUGGUGAUCUGACCUUGAAAGCAUUAAAAUACAAAACAAAACUGAAGUAGAAAUGCUCAUCAAGCUCAAUGCUGAUAAAUUGAACAACAGAGGUCCUAAAGUUGACAAGAAGAAAGGAGUCUUGGCGAACUAUAAAUGCCACAUGUUGCUUUUAUUCUACAUGUGCAGAGCAGAAGGAAUUCCAGAGAGAUACAAAGAAGAAGUUAGCCAGAUUGUUCAAAAGAUCCCAAGCCUUAUUGAUCUUUGGCUUGAGAUUUCGAUGUUCUUCCAUGUCAAUUACGCGAGAAAGGUAGUGAGGAAAAAUAUUCCUUUCAAGACAGUUGUAGACCUGAUGAAUUUCUCUCAACACGUAAUUCAAGGAAUGUGGGAGAAAGAUAGCGAGCUCAUGCAGCUUCCUCACAUUAACACAAAUGCAUCGAUUGCUAUUCAAAAGAAAAUGAAGAAGAAGACAGUUAGUUUGAAGGAAUAUGUAGAAUUAUCCCCAGAAGAGAGGAAAAGUCAUGGUGUCCUCAAAGAUGCUGAAAUGGAGCAUGUAGAGAAAUGGAUCAAGAAUCUCCCUAAGAUUAAGUUUAGUUCUAAACUUUAUACUGAUGGAUUUGAAGAUAUCAUUGGUGGCGAUUUAGUAACAGUUUCUGUAUCUAUUGAUCGUGAGGAUCUCUCAGUACAUGAUAGAGUGCCUCCUAUUUGUUCUACGACUUAUCCAUUCAGUAAAACUCCUACAUAUCACAUUUUCAUCACAGAUAGGACUGAGAAAAUGAUUAUGGGAAACAUGAAGCUAACAGGUACGACUAAAGUGCUGACUAGCGAGAUCAAGCUACCAACUCCACCCACCACCAACGGAGAAUGCAUGCUGAAGAUCUUCUGUUUUGUAGAUUCGUACAUCGGUUUUGACCAAAGCACAGAGUUGAAAUUCACAGUAACUAAGUAUGAUGAAGAAAGGGACACAUUCAAAUAUCAUGAAGACGAUAUCAAGAGGGAUCCCUCUCUCUUUGAGCAGGCUCUCCAAGGCCUUAAGGAGCAAAACUCAGACGAUGAGCUUGAGUCAGACUCUGAUGAUGACAAAGGAUUUGGGUCAAAGAAGCAUCUUUCCAAAAAGUCCAGCGAUGAUGAGAUCGAUGAUGAGAAAGAUGAUUAA